GGGAGGCGGAGUAAAUGGAAUUGUGUCGGUGGGUGUCGUCAGUUCCGUUCGGCGUCUCCAGGAAGGUUCUGAGUCAAGAAGCUGGAGGCGGAGAGAGGGGUAGAUAGACUGGAAUAAUGUAUUAAAACACGAACAAUAUUAUUUACUAACAUAUGCUGUUUAUUUAUUGCAAUUAUAAUACAAAAUACCAACCACUACAGAGGGGAACCUACAGAUCGACAUACAGACGGAACGGCGCACACGGCGGAGCUUCAUGGUCGGCAUGGUGACACAGCUGAGAGAAUUUGUUCCUCUGUCACAUCUCGUCUGGUGCUGUUAGUUUCUCAGCGCACAGUACAGCUAGUCGCAAAGUAACAAGGUGAAAACAGAACCACAUGAUGACCGACGGCAUAAUGAGUAAGGCAGCUACGAUGGAGAUCCCUAUAAACAGCAAUGGAGACACGGGGACCCUACCCGAGGACGACAGUCUGGAACAGGCGACACAGAUUCAGUGGAGCUUAGAUGAGAAGGAUCUGCAGCAAGUAAUGGUGUCAGGGCCCAACCUGAAUGAGACCAGCAUUGUAUCGGGAGGCUACGGAGGCACGGGGGAGGGGAUCAUUCCUACUAGCUCUAUCAAAGGACCUGGGAUCUGCUACAACCCAUCCAUUCUGAGAAGACACAUCCUCCCGCAGGGACAAGGCCUGCGUUUGUCCAGGGGAUCCUACAUCUGUCCUAGCGAAUCAGCAGCCUGCCGGAUAGCCAACCAGGGAGAGCUCUGCACAGGUUCCAGCAUGCACCAGUCACACAGCAGCUCAGCCGUCACAGCUGAAGAAGCAUCACGGGGUGUUGCUGUGGAGAAACUUGACAUUGUCAAGAAGUGGGGGAUCAACACCUACAAGUGUACAAAGCAGAUGAUUUCUGAGAGGUUUGGCCGUGGAUUACGCACUGUGGACCUGGAAUUAGAGGCUCAGAUUGAUGUACUGCGGGACACCAAGCGCAAAUAUGAGAACAUCCUGCGGCUGGCAAGGGCGCUCACCAACCACUUCUACAGCAUGGUGCAGACGCAACGUGCGCUAGGGGACACCUUCGCUGACCUGAGCCAGAAAUCACCUGAAUUACAGGACGAGUUUGGAUACAAUGCUGAGACACAGAAACUGCUGUGUAAGAAUGGGGAAACUCUUCUGGGGGCCAUCAAUUUCUUUGUUGCCAGCAUAAACACACUGGCCAACAAAACCAUGGAGGACACGCUGAUGACUGUCAAACUCUAUGAGAAUGCAAGGCUGGAAUUUGAUGCCUACCGAGCAGACUUGGAGGAGUUAAACAUGGGUCCUCGCGAUGCUGUCACCCUUUCCCGCAUUGACACAGCACAGCAGCAGUUUCAGAUACACAAGGAAAAGUAUGAGAGGCUGAGAAGUGACGUCACCAUCAAACUCAAGUUUCUGGAGGAGAACAAGGUGAAGGUGAUGCACAAACAACUGCUCCUGUUCCACAAUGCAAUCUCAGCCUACUUUGCAGGGAACCAGCAGCAGCUUGAACAGACCCUCAAGCAAUUCAACAUCAAGCUAAAGCCCCCUGGUGCGGACAAACCAUCGUGGCUGGAGGAGCAAUGAGAUCUCACUUUCCAAGGAACACACCGAAUGACCAACAGACCAAGACAGCCAGUGAGCGCAGGGCCAGGGAAGGCCUGUAAAACAGCAGUGGUGGAGAAGUGGACUGUUCCCCUGUCCCCCUGUCCCCAUCCCCCCCUCUUCUUGCGUUUUAAAGAACUUUCAGUUUUUCAAAUGCCAUGGCAGUUAGCAUAAAUAUAUAUUUAUGAUGAGGUUUGUAAUAUUUGAUUGAAAGUAAUAGUCGGGUAACAGUUGCCAUCCUUGUGACUGCAGCCAGCAGGGCAGCUUGGUGGCUAUAUCUAUCUGUUCUAUGUACUUCAGUCACUAGCUAACCCUGCUGAUACCCAGAAAAUCCAGCGUCUGGAUAAGCGUCUUUUGUAAUGAAUUGUUUGCUUCUAAUGGGAUAUUGUGACUCUACAGCCUGUGUAACAACCCAAGCCAGGUUCACAAGGUUUACCGUAACCUCUAGAAUUUGGUUGAAAUGCAUAUAAUGAUACUGAUCCUUGAAUUUGUCAUGCAGAGUUCCAGAUCAAAUGCUAUAAUGAUAUUGAAAUGGCUUUUUUCUGACCCCCUAUAGGGGACAAAUAAUUACCAUUCAGUCAUUAUCAUAAUAGAAAAAAAUAACAGUUUGAUAAAAAAAAAAAGCAAUGCUGUGGUGGAAUUUAUAGGAAAUUAAAAAUGACUCGCCAUCCAGGUAUUUGGUCUGAAACACUGCAUGGUGAAUUCUGUGGUUCCCUUUCCAUUAUCGAUUGGUUUGCUGGGGACACGCUAUACAGAGGUAUAUCCCAAUCGAUAAUGGAGAACAUUUCUAUUUCAGGGAACCAGGUUUGUGAUGUUAGUAUCUUUCAUAUGAUACAUUUACUAUGAUAACCCUGUUUUUUAACUUGGUCUAUAUAUUCCAUCUAGAAAUUAAAUAUGCUCCUGCAGGAAGUUGGGGGUAAAUCUGUUAAUGAGUAUUUGGUAUGAAUACAGGCAAUAUUUAUGUAUGUAAAAAAACAAAAGGUAAUGUUUUUAAGAAUCAGUUAAGUGUUUUGUGGAGCUGACCAUGCAGCAGACAUUUCAGUGGUAACACCGAGGGGCUCGGGCUGCUUCAUUCUGACCACAAAGGAUUCUCUACCUGGGAGCACAUUAUGUGUUUGUCAUACAAACCACAACGCAUCUUUUGCUGAACAAAGUUCCUGAUUAACAGUAUGACAAAUUUUCAUAGCGCAAAUAAGCUAUACAACCAUUGCUCUCCAUAAUUACCACAUUAAAUAUGUAUUCCACUGUUCCAACAGACAAAGAUAUUAAUACUACAAAUCCCAGCAUUACAAGAAAAACCUAGUUGAAAUUUUUAGUAGCAUUUGCAUAUCUUGUAAAAAAAGCAGAUGCGAGAACCCACACCUCCCCCAACACCAAUGUGUGAGAGGCAAGGAGUAACUUCAAAUCCAUAUCUGUGACUUUACUGAGGCCCAUUAAGAAAAGCUAGGAGAUUUGGAGACAACAUGGGCCAGUGGUAAGCACCCAUCUCUUAAGCUAGAAUGGUGUGAAGCAGUGAUACCUGUUUUACAACCACAUUAACACUAUCAAUAUGCACUACUCAUUUAUUUACAAAGAAAAAAACUGUUAAAACUCUAAUCCUGCAAACAAAAUAAGGUGCAAUUUACAGAGGUGGAUAAUGAAUAAUUAACGUGUAUUUAAAAGUUGUCCUGGGUCUCAGUUUGCACAUUAAUCCUUGUAGAGAAGGAGAUUGGGUGUAGAAGAUAAGCCUACUUCAGCUUUUAUUAGUGUGGCAUUAAUAAUAAAUUCCCAUUUUAGUAACGAGUAUCUAUGAAGCAGCAAUGGAGCCUUUUUUUCAGGUAUUAAAAGUGUUCUUAUUGGAGGGUUUUAGAACAUUGAAAAUAUUUUAAAAGAAUGGUACACUGUUUCUGUUUCAAUUUAUUUGUUUUUUUGAAACUUUUAAUUAUACAGUUUAUGACCACUAGAUGGCAGUCUAAUAUAAGAAAUGACAAAGGGAAUGGGUUCCUUAAAAUACACCUUUACCUGGAUUCCUCACUUUAAAUUGGGCACCCAUUUUCUCUUUCCAGAAUGAGAGCUCUGGGGUUCUACAUUUCUGUGGCACUCUUCUCUGCCACGGAUCUUCUCUAUAGCUGUAGUAGCGAGCAGCUUACCAUCACUUAAUACACCAGUAUAAUAUGCCUUCCUUGUAAAUAUGGUCACUGAGGUUGAACCCAAAAUGUUCCUCACCUUAAGCCGCUGUACUUACGGUUAUCCUACCUGAACUGUAACCAGAUGAGACCAGUCCCAUGAGCAUACCAAGUCCCAUAGUUGACCCAAAUAAAGGGGUGCUUAUGGACCAUGUUUUUGUCUUUUAACUAUUUCUAGUGAUAGAUUUCAGGCACUCCAUAGGUAGUUUUAAUUAUUAGACAGAAAAAAUGAAAGGUUUAUAUUAUUUGCGUACAAUCAAUAUUUUUUUCAGGCUGCUCUGUGAUAUUGUAGUGUAUGAAUGAUUGUAUAUAUGUAAUGAUAUUUAAAAUAAUAAAAAAUGAGUUUCUGUGGAAUUUCA